GGUCAGACUGGCCAGGUGAGUUUCCCCGCGGUAAUGGUAAUUCAUGUUAAUGCCUGAUCUGAGAUCAGUGUGAGAGUGGCGAAGAACAAAGAGAGGGUGACAUUCAAGAUGUUGCUACCUGUUCACUGAGAAAAAUAGACGGAGAAUUAUCAGCAGUCCAGGUCCCGAUGUCUUCAGGAGGAAUUGGUUCUGUCACCAGGUUCGACUGGAUGCAGGAGAUCCCACAUUAUGACCAGGUCCCUGUGGGCUCCUUAUGGAGGGACCCAGAUCUCCCUCUGCCCCCGGCAUCCUUACAUGGAACAGUGCCUGCCGCCAGCUUAGACCCCCUUCCCCCUCCCCCUCUACCAGAACAGCCAGCUGUUGGGCCUGAAUCCUUCUACCCCCCCAGCGAUGAUGAGCCAAUGGAGGGCGACUGUGAUGCCAUGGACAUUAAGCCGAUCCGCCGCUUCAUCCCAGACUCUGUCAAGAACUUCUUCCGUGGCAACAGCGGUAACCGUAGCAGCAAGGGUUGGUCCAUCACACCUUCUCCACCACCUCUACCUGCCCCUCACUCCCCUGACCCCUCGUCCAGGAAGAGCUGGAACUGCCACACCACAGCGGGAAUCCCGUGCUCACCUCCCCACUCCACUCCUCCAUCUCCGUCCCUUCCCGGCUCUUAUCGAGACCCCUACGGCGGCUCUGGGGGCAGCAACAUCUCUCAGAAGGAGCGAGACGGGCUGCUGCUGGGUGCUGAAGCCCUUGACUCUGCAUCCGCAGUGCCCACCAAUCUCUCAGCCCUGACCUACCUGGAGCGGGUGGAGGAGUACCACCAGCGCUACGCCUACAUGAAGUCCUGGGCUGGCCUGCUGAGGAUCCUGGGCUGUAUAGAGCUGCUGCUGGGAGCUGCUGUGUUCGCCUGUGUCUGCGCUUAUGUUCAUAAGGACAAUGAGUGGUUCAAUAUGUAUGGAUACUCCCAGCCGCAGCUGUUUGGGGGGCUUGGUGGAGGUGCUGGUGCAUAUGGAUAUGGGGGCGGUUACUACACAGGCCCCAAGACACCAUUUGUCCUGGUGGUGGCUGGUCUUGCGUGGAUAGUGACUGUCAUUCUGGUCGUCCUUGGGAUGACCAUAUACUACAGAGCCAUCCUUCUAGACUCUUCUUGGUGGCCGCUCACAGAGUGUUCAAUCAACCUAGUCUUGGCGGUGCUCUAUUUGGCAGCAGGGAUAGUGUAUGUGAGGGACACCACUCGAGGGGGGCUGUGCAACAUACCAGUCUUCAAUAAUGGAGUAAACGGAGCGUUCUGUCGCACAGAGGCCGGCCAGACAGCGGCCAUCAUCUUCCUCUUCAUUACCAUGGUGCUCUACUUCAUCAGUGCAGGAGUGUGUCUGAAGCUGUGGAGACAUGAAGCAGCCAGGAAAAGAAAGGAGGAGCUGGCACAGGAGAUGAAAACUAUUGGAUCAUCAGUCCCCCUUUCUAUAUUGGGUCCAGCCUCCAGGGCCUCAGAGCAUACUCCUCUCCCCACCAUCCAGCCAGACAUCAUGGAUGCCCCAAACAACUCUGCAGCUGCUUCUCUGAUGGCGCUGGAGCCAGAGAUCCUCCGAGGUCACAUACCAGCUGGACACAUCCCCAAACCUGUCGUUAUAGCUGACUAUGUGGCGAAGUACCCAAGCAUCCGCUCAGAGGAGGAGAGGGACCAGUACAAGGCUGUGUUCAAUGACCAGUACGCUGAGUACAAGGAGCUGCACGCUGAGGUUCAGGCCAUGGCCAAGAAGUUUGUAGAAAUGGACGAGAUGAUGCAGAGCCUUCCCUCCCGGCCUUCCAGCCAAAUGGAGAAGGAGCGAAUCACUAGCAUUUUAAUGGAAUAUCAGAAGAAGAAAACUGAUCCAUCGUAUUUGGAAAAAAGGGAUAGGUGUGAGUACCUAAAGAACAAGCUCUCCCAUAUCAAACAGAAGAUUCAGGAGUACAACAAGGUCAUGGACUGGAAUGAUACAGGGGUUGAGUUCCAGUUGCAUUUCAAUAUGCCGAGCAACAAACACAGGCCCCCGCCGUACCAGACAAGUGCUAGCAAACAUCACAACAGCAGACACAGGCACAGUGAGCUCAUGUCCAAUCCAGCCUUUUCCUACUACCCAGGAGAGAAGAUGUUUCACUUCUAUCGCUGGACGUCACCACCGGGGGUGAUGAAGAUAUUGUGUAUCAUCAUCAUUGUCAUGUGUGUGGCUAUGUUUGCCUGUGUCGCCUCCACGCUGGCCUGGGACUACGAUAUGAGCCUCAUGGGUCUGGGAGGUGGAGCUGGCUUGGUGCCAGGUUAUGGUUAUGGUGGCUCAUACGGCGGCUCAUACGGUGGCUCUUACGGCGGCAGUUAUGGCAGCUCAUAUGGAGGUGGCAGUGGCAGUGGCAGCUCCUAUGGCUAUGGAGGAACGGAAAUGGAUCCCGUAGCUGGCAAAGGCUUCAUCAUCGCCAUCGCUGCCAUUACCUUCAUAGCUGUACUCAUCAUAUUUGUGUUGGUUGUUUCGAGGCAAAAUGCUGCCCGCUCAUCAAAGUUCUACCUAGCAACCAUCAUCAUCUGUGCCAUCUUGGCAUUUCUGAUGAUCAUCGCCACUAUUGUGUACCUGGUGGCGGUGAACCCAACAGCCCAGUCCACAGGGUCUAUGUACUACAGCCAGGUCCGCCAGCUGUGUGCCCAGUACCAGACCCAGAGCCAGGCCCAGGGCAUCUUCCUCAACCAAUACCUGUACCAUUACUGUGUGGUGGAGCCCCAAGAGGCCAUAGCUAUUGUCCUGGGCUUCCUUGUGUUUGUUGCCCUCAUCAUCCUGCUGGUGUUUGCAGUCAAGACUCGCUCCAAGAUCAGGCACUGGGGACGGGACCGCAUUCUCUGGGAGGAAGUGAAGGUCAUCAAUGAUGGUCUACACAACAGCGUUGGGGAGUGGGUGAACAAUGUGUCUGGUGACCCAGAGGUGCAGCUGAAUGACCAUAAUCACAAAGUUGGGGGGUCCAGAGACUAUCUGAACCAGCUGGACCACAACAAGCCUCUUUACCUGCCAGGAGACUCUGACAUCAGCAGCUCUGUGGUGGGCCUGAAGCCCAGGCUGAAGGACUAUGACACUGGUGUGGAGUCUGGAGAUGACCUGGAGGAGGAGGACUUCAGUGUUUUGUUUUCUUCCAUUGUGGAUGAGCAGGAGCGCCUGAACUACAAACGGGAGUUUGACCGGGAUCACCAGGAGUACAAGAGCCUGCAGGCUGAGCUGGACAGCAUAAACCAGAAGCUGGUUGACCUGGACAGAGAGCUGGACAGACACCCUGAAGGCAGUCCACAGUUCCUGGAUGCCAUGGAUGAAUACACCAAACUGAAGAACCUCAAGAAAUCCCCAAACUAUGAGAUUAAGAAGAAGAGGUGUAAAUAUCUCAGGUCCAAACUGUCGCACAUCAAGAGGAAGAUCCUUGAAUAUGACUGCCGACCUUGAACCUUCACCUCUGACCCCCUCAUGCAGGGAAAGAGACAAAUCUGUAAUUUCCCACCCCACUGUGUUUGAGUUGAUCAUAAACCUAUAUGGGAUCACUAUAGUGAAAGUCUAUUGCUUUUAUUACAUCUGUAUCAUGCCACCAGGUUUUUUCAUCCAGAAGAGAAGGGGUGAAAGAAAUGUGGAUUUUUUUUAACUAUUGUCUUUGAUCAUUUUUUCAACUUCCUGUGACUUUCAUGAAGAAUUAUUUAGGUGUAUAAAAUGUAUUUUAUUUUGUUUCUCUCCUGAAGGUAGAAAGUCAGAGAUGUGAUAUAAAAUGUUUUUGCUUCAGUAUUGUGAUUCAUUUAUAGUCUUUUAAAAAAACAUGUUUGACAGUUUCUUGUGCAAUGAAGGCACAGGUAAGAUGAGACAAGAUGAGAUUUGCUUGGUAUCGUUAAAUCACUGACCAUCCCUAUUAAAUAACGUUUAUUUUUAGUCUUUAGAAACAAUUUAAAUGGUUCUGUAGUAAACUUUUCUGUACUUUUUUGUGCUGUUUUCUGUAAAUGAUGAAACAUCAGUGUCCUUGUAAUUGUAAGUUCUUAUAGAGACUUUUCUCAAGGUGGAUAUUAAAAGGAAAAGCUCAAGUGUAACUAAUUGAUUAAUGAUGGCUCCAUUCCCUUUAUGUGUGCUAUUAACAUUUGUCCAACAUUUUUCUUUUACAGUAAUGAAUUUCAUUUCUCAUUACUACUCUAUUCAAAAGCAAAUUAACAAUUCUUCAGACCUUGUAUAUUAAUAGCCUAUAUUGACAUGGUGGGAGGAUUUUCCAUUGUUGGAAAUCAUGCCUGUUGAAAUGAUGUAUGUAAUGUAUAUAUUUAGGUGUGCAAUCACAAAAUUAUUUGUAUAAGAUUUUUGGACAAAGCAGGGAUUUAAGCUUUCAAUAAAAAUAAUAGUUAUUGA